AUGGCCAAGCUGCCACCGAAUCAUCCAACACCUACGCUUCUCUCCACCGAUCCACCAACAUACGAGUUCUCCAAUGGUCUGAUUCUGAUGCACGAGUUCAUCACGAAAGAGGAAGAGGAGGAGAUGAUACGGGAAUACCACUUUGCGACAGCUUCACGAGAUGGAUGCGCUCUAAAGCGAGGAGCGGUGCAUUACGGCCCGCACUUUGACUAUACCACCUUUGCUGUGUCAAAGUCGGCAAGCACACCGCCCCCUGAAUAUCUCACGCGGUUGCUGAGUCGCUUGCCUGCCAGAGACGACAGAGAUAUACCUGAUCAGUAUACUUUGCAGCACUACCCGCCAGGCACAGGCAUACCUCCACACGUCGACACGCAUUCAGCUUUCGAGGAAACCAUCUACAGUCUUAGUUUCGGCGCUUCGACACGCAUGGAUUUCAAACUGUGUGGAGAGAAGGAGUCGAGGCGGCUGAGACUCCCAAAGCGAUCGCUUGGUGGUGGGAGUGAAACACCUCCGCCGCCGCCUUCACCUCCGGUCGAAGUGGUCGAUGAAAAGACGGAAGAGUGGGAAUUGGAAUUGCCUGCAAGGUCGUUGUUACUCAUGAGAGGCCCAUCCAGGUAUGGGUAUACGCAUGGCAUCAAGGGGAGGAAACACGAUCAAGAUGGGCCGAAGCUGGUGGCGAGGCAGGAUCGGUAUUCGUUGACGAUGCGGAAGAUUAAGCCGCCGGAAAGGAUUGGCUGCAAUUGCGAGUAUGCGCAUGUAUGUAGUUGA